AUGGGCGACUGGAGCGCCUUGGGCAAGCUCCUGGACAAGGUGCAGGCCUACUCCACCGCCGGCGGGAAGGUGUGGCUGUCGGUGCUGUUCAUCUUCCGCAUCCUGCUGCUGGGCACGGCCGUGGAGUCGGCGUGGGGCGACGAGCAGUCGGCCUUCCGCUGCAACACGCAGCAGCCCGGCUGCGAGAACGUGUGCUACGACAAGUCCUUCCCCAUCUCGCACGUGCGCUUCUGGGUGCUGCAGAUCAUCUUCGUGUCGGUGCCCACGCUGCUGUACCUGGCGCACGUGUUCUACGUGAUGCGCAAGGAGGAGAAGCUCAACAAGAAGGAGGAGGAGCUGAAGGUGGCGCAGACGGACGGCGCCAACGUGGACGUGCCGCUGAAGCAGAUCGAGAUCAAGAAGUUCAAGUACGGCAUCGAGGAGCACGGCAAGGUGAAGAUGCGCGGCGGCCUGCUGCGCACCUACAUCGUCAGCAUCCUCUUCAAGUCGGUCUUCGAGGUGGCCUUCCUGCUCAUCCAGUGGUACGUCUACGGCUUCAGCCUGAGCGCCGUGUACACCUGCCAGCGCGAGCCCUGCCCGCACCAGGUGGACUGCUUCCUCUCGCGCCCCACCGAGAAGACCAUCUUCAUCGUCUUCAUGCUGGUGGUGUCGCUGGUGUCGCUGGCGCUCAACAUCGUCGAGCUCUUCUACGUCUUCUUCAAGGGCGUCAAGGACCGCGUCAAGGGCCGCGGCGACCCCUUCCAGGCCGCGCCCGCGCCGCCGGGCCCCGCCAAGGACUGCGGCUCGCCCAAGUACGCCUACUUCAACGGCUGCCCCUCGCCCACCGCGCCGCUGUCGCCCAUGUCGCCGCCCGGCUACAAGCUGGUCACGGGCGAGCGCAACGCCUCGUCGUGCCGCCACUACAACAAGCAGGCCAGCGAGCAUAACUGGAGUGCAGGCCGGGCCCACAGAGAAGGGCUCUCCGUGCGUUUGCGAGUGUCCGCGCUGCACGCGCUGGCUCCUUCCACCCGCUGGGCACGUUUCGGCCCCAUCGCCUUCUCACCGCUCCUGAACGACCGCUCGCGUUCGUGUCCUGGUUUCUGUGGGCAUCUGGAAAGCAGUCGGGAUGUCCCUUCGCUUCUUUCCUUUUUUUGA